AUGCAAUUCAGUGAUAACUUUUCUUCAUCAAAGGCGUUUUUUACCGACUUGAAACCAUAUUCAAGCAUUUCUACACAUAAAAAGGAACGAAAUGCUUUGAUUUUUAUGAAACAUCGUCCAUUUCUCUGCCGAGGUGUUCCAUGUCGAGAAAAUGUGGCGAAAGUGUUCGAGUUAGCCUGUUGGACGAAGGGACAACAACAUAAAUCAUUCAAAGCAAAUCAGGUUGGUGGCAAUUUCGGAAUGCCAAAUACGGGAAAUAUACAGAAAAUAACUAAAAAUGAAAUCAGAUUUCUGGUACUGUUUUGUGCCGAUCUUUGGAAAAAUUUGAACAUAAAAUAUUUAGACAAGCUUCUGCGUGAUCAAUCAAAACACCUUUUUGUAGAUUCAUUCUUUGCUCUUGACCUCUGGUUAAUCAUCGCAUAUGCAACUAAUUCGUGCAGCGCUAAGCAAAAAAAAAUUAAUGGAAAAGGAAAUUCGAUUUUUUUAACAUUAGAGAUAAGGCAUAACAUAUUAAGUUAUAAAUGCGGAAAUCGCAUCCCAAACAAGUACAAUGAUCAGAAUAUUUUAACUCCAUUGUUUUUUCUAGUUUGGCUGCAACGAUUGGCAGUAAGAGCAAAUCAAAUCGGAACACAAUCCUCUAAGUGA